UGUGGGAAGGACCGUUUCCUAGGAUAUAUCCCCUGCUGCAUGAGUUGGAUUGGUGAAUCCCUUGAAUUCCUCGUGAUCGGAGGUCAAAACAAGAAACUUACCCUCUACAGUUAUGAAGGUUGUCAAAUUGGUCCCCUCACUGAGGAGAAUUCGUGGAUUCUUAGUUGUAAACAACAUCCGAAAGAAAAGAAAAUCGCGCUUGCAUGCCAAGAUGGCACGAUUCGGACCAUUCAGUAUUCAAUACCUGUCGUCCACAGUCUUUACCGUGAUCGGUACGCCUUCAGAGAAUCCAUUUCGGACGUGGUCAUUCAACAUCUCUUAACGGAGCAAAAAGCCCGAAUUAAAUGUCGAGACGUCGUGAAGAAGAUCGCCGUUUUUAAGAAUCGUCUCGCGAUCCAGCUAUCUGAUCGAGUUCUCGUCUAUGACUCCGCCGUUGAUGAUGCGCUGGACAUGCACUAUCGCAUUCAGCACAAGCUACUGAAAAAUUUUGAAUGUCAGCUGUUAGUCGUUACAGCGCAUCACAUCGUCUUAUGCCAAGAAUGCCGAGGCCAGAAGGAGAGAGAAUGGGUCUUGGAUUCUCCGGUCCGCUACAUCCGUCAGCUGGGUGGUCCACCAACGCGAGAGAGCCUCAUCGUGGGCAUGGAGAGCGGUCAAACUGUAAAAAUCACCUUGAACAGUGUGUUUCCUGUCCCCUUGAUUCGUGUUGGUUGCGCCGUCAAAUGCCUGGAUUUGAGUUGCAAUCGGGAUAAACUGGCAGUCAUCGACGAAAGCAACACCCUCAGUGUGCACUCCUUACGCACAAAGGAGAUCCUCUUUCGGGAACCGGAGGCCGCCAGCGUAGCAUGGAAUCAAAUCAACAAUGAAAUUCUCUGUUACAGCGGCCCCGACAAUUUAAACGUUAAGGCAGGCGACUUUCCUAGUCAUCAGCAAGCUGUGGAUUCCAACGAAGAAGGCAGGACUGGGGAUGAUCCUUUUUCUCCUGACGCGAUUCCACUUGAGCCCGAAGUUAUGAUAGAUUUCCUAUUAUGA